AUGCUUUCGGUUCGUAGCCUCUCCGGCAACGUCGUGACGACUGUGGAAGGAGCUACAUUACAGGGCAGAUCAGCCUUCCCGGAUGCCCUGAAACACCACCUGAGUGAUCUGAUGGGUCUGCCGACUCAAAGGCUGCGACUUUGUUGCGGAGGCCAGGAGGUACCGAAAUCCUCUUCAUGGGCGAGCCUUGGUUUCCCCUCCGAGAUGCAAAUCCUAGUACUUCCUUACGUUACCUCGGCGAGCCAGCAGCUUAUGUCGGCUAUCUCUGAAGAGGACUAUGAUGGUGUCCUGUCAAGCUUGGAGGUGCCUGCAGACCCCAAUGCUCAGUACACCCUCACGGCCUCUGGUGCCACAAAGAUCCUGUCGCCCCUGGUCGUGGCCUGCGCUGUGAGCAGUCUCUCCAUCGUGCGCGCGUUGGUUCAGGCUGGUGCGGAUGUAAACUGCCAGAGCCACAUGCUCCCCUGUACUGCAAUGGUCGCCGAGUGCUCGGUGGCCGAGAUCUCUGAAUUCUGCGCUGUAACGCCACUCCAAAUGGCAGUGCUCCAGAACAGCGUCGACUUGGCUGACUUCCUCCUCCAGACAAAGGCAGAUGUCAAUAUUUGCAGCUCCCACGGCGUCUCCGCGCUGUUCAUCGCAACUCGCAAGUGUGACCUCAGAUGUGUGAAGCUGUUGCUCCAUGCUGGCGCAGAGAAGGACUUGAGCGCUGAAGGUAGCCCAACACCUAUGCAGAUUGCGACGGGGCGGGUUGCCGAGUUCAUGCAGAAUUUCGGUUCUGCCGCGAGUCUCCCAGCAGCUUCAGACGCCGAGUAUGCACGGCGGAUUGUCGCCCGCGUAAGUCUCCAUAAUCGGGAACUCGUCCCAGCCAUGGCGUGCUGCCAUUGGAAACUGUUGAUACUUUGCCCGCUUGUAGCGGCACUGCCGUCUCUGCGCCUUCGGCGGCGUGAGACAGGAGAGCGCUCUUUCGUGGACGCCGAGGGGCGAGAGCUGUUUUUCCACGGCACCAAUGCUAUAGUGAAGGGCCCUCCUUGGAUUCCAUCUCGGGAGGGCUUUGACCCGAUGACGUCACUCACAGCCGAGGAUUUCCGAAUGAUGCGAUCGGCAGGGCUGAACUUAAUUCGGCUUGGUGUCAUGUGGCCCGGUGUGGAGCCACAGCGAGGUGUGUACAACGAGACGUAUCUCAAGAUCGUCACUGAUCUGGCCAAGGAGGCAGCGUCCUAUGGCAUCUACAUCCUUGCCGACAUGCACCAGGAUGGUUUAUCGGAGCGAUUUUGCGGCGAGGGUCUGCCGCUCUGGGCCGUUCCAAAGGAUAUCUCGUUUCCUUUGCCUUUGGGACUGCCAUACCGUGGACAAGGCAAAGACGGACUUCCAACUCGCAGCGAGUGCAAAAGACACGACUGGUUCGAGUACCAGUCCGCGUAUUCUACCGGAGCUGCCUACGAGCGGCUUUACACCAACCAGGACAAUCUGACGAACGCCUGGGGAGCCUAUUGGGCAAAGGUGCUGCAGAGCUUCCAAGGCAUCGAGGGCCUUCUGGGAGUGAACCUCAUCAACGAGCCCUUCGUGGGAAAUCCUUACAAGGACCCUGGUCUGAUGGUGCCCGAGGCCGCCGACCGCUUAAGGCUGCAACCCGCCUACGACGUCGUGGCGCGCCACAUCCGGGCCGCCGAUCCGGAUGCCAUCGUCUUCUUCCCGGGCACCACUUCGGAUCGUACGGGCAGGCCGUACACGGACUUUCUGCCGCAGGGUUUCCAGCAUGCCCCUGGUGGAGAGGAGUUUGCCGACCGCUCAGUCAACUCCUUCCAUUUCUACGCCCCGCCACAGUCGUUUGACUAUGUGAAGCAGUACUUCACAAAGCGCAUCCAGGACGCACGGCAGUUGGGCACCGGCCUCUUCUUGACCGAGAGUUGCUGCGAGGUAUUUUUCCAGAAAGUCGCUCCUGUCGCAGAGUCCCUGGGCAUGAGCUGGAUUCAUUGGGAGUGGAAGCAGUUCUUCCGAGAGACGAAUGCCACCCGGAAAUCCGAAGACCAGAAUGCUGCUUUCGGUGCGGACAAGACGGGCUGCGGAGGCUGGCCUUACAACCAUGGCGUCCUGAACAUGACGAUGCUUCGGUUUUUGGCCCGCCCCUAUGCGCAGGCUAUUGCCGGAAACUUCACCAGUAGCUCUUUCGACCCGUCCUCCAGGGAUUUCCGCCUCAUCUUCAAGGCGGAUCCCAAAAUCCGGGCGCCGACAGUGAUUUCUGUGCCAGAGCUGACCUACCCAGCCGGGGUGGAGGUGCUUGUGAGUCCGGCAGGAGCUUGUCAGUUCAAGUUGGCGCAGAGCUUUGUCCAGCUGACCAACAACGCUUCACUCGCGCAUGGAGAGGAGCUGACCAUCCAGGUCAAGGCAAAAGGCAUGAGCCUUGUCGUGUAG